AUGGCGGAGAGCCCGGCGGCCGAGGACGCGGCCCCGGCCCCGGCCCCGGCCGCGGUGCUGGCGGCGGGCGGCGGCAGCGCCUCCCCCGGCGCCGCGGGGACCCCCGGCGUGUUCAUCCCCGCCGAGCUCUGGGCGGCGGCGGGCUUCGGCGCGGCCGCGGCUCCCGGCAGCGGCGCGGCUCCCGGCAGCGGCGGCGCCCCGAUGGCGGCGGCGGCGGCGGGGGCCGCGCUCCUCACGCACUCCGCCUUCUGGGACCCCACGGUCAGCGGCGACUGGGACAGCGAGCGGCCCAGCCCGGCCUGCCUGCUGCGGAUCAAACGGGGCAGCGUAGGGCCCGGGCCCGCGGCCGGUAACGGGCCCUGCGGCACAGCCGGCUCCCGGCAGCCGCGCUGGGCACCGGGACAGGCCUGGGAACGGCACCGGGCCCCGCCGGGGGAUCCCCCUGUGCCACCCCGGGCUCUCCCAGCAGAAUUCCCUGGUGCCAGUCCCGCCCUGGGCAUCGCUGGCAGCUCCCGGGAUGAGCUGGAAAUCCGGGAUGUGCUGGAAAUCUGGGAUGUGGCAGAAAUCCGGGAUCGGAUCCAUGCGCUGAUCACGGGCCCCUUUGACACCCCCUACGAGGGCGGCUUCUUCCUGUUCCUGUUCCGCUGCCCCCCGGAUUAUCCCAUCCACCCGCCCCGCGUCAAGCUGAUGACCACGGGCAACAACACCGUCAGGUUCAACCCCAACUUCUACCGCAACGGCAAGGUCUGCCUCAGCAUCCUCGGCACGUGGACAGGCCCAGCCUGGAGCCCGGCCCAGAGCAUCUCCUCGGUGCUGAUCUCCAUCCAGUCCCUGAUGACCGAGAACCCGUACCACAACGAGCCCGGCUUCGAGCAGGAGCGGCACCCCGGGGACAGCAAGAACUACAACGAGUGCAUCCGGCACGAGACGAUCCGCGUGGCCGUGUGCGACAUGCUCGAGGGGAAGUGUCCCUGCCCCGAGCCCCUGCGCGGCGUCAUGGAGAAAUCCUUCAUGGAAUACCUGGAUUUCUACGAGGGCGUGUGCAAGGAGAGGCUGCACCUGCAGGGCCAGACCAUGCAGGAUCCUUUCGGGGAGAAGCGCGGCCACUUUGACUACCAGGCUCUGCUGGGGCGGCUGCAGGGGCUGCGGGCGCGGCUGCAGGAGCGGCUGCAGCAGGACAGCGCCGACAUGGACUCGGAGAGCAGCUCCUCGGAGCCCGAGCCGGACACUCAGGGCUGCCCCAAGGCCUAGCGAGGCUGGGCCCGGCCCUGGGACUGCAGCACAGCCGGGCCGGGAGAGCCGCCGGAUCCCUCCCUCCCUCCCUCCCUCCGGAGGCUUCCCAGAGAAUUCCCAAAAAGAGACAAAGCCGAGCUCGGGACAGGCUCCUGUUGGACAAAAGGUACUUCCUGGCACGUGGCAUCAGGUUCUUUUUGGGGGUUUUUUUGGGGGUUUUUUUGGAGAACACCUACACUGGUUGGGGUUUUUUUUUUUUUUUUU